CCAUAUCAUAUCACACACUACUCUUUGCUAUAAUCUCACACUCACUUCUCAUCAAUCAUUCAUAUUUAUUAUGAUGGUGGUUCUUACAAUUCUUUUAUUCAUACUAGUGAUUAUGCUAUUCAAACUCUUGUAUGAAAACCUCUCAUGUUACUUCCUCACUCCACUAAGGAUAAAAAAAAUCAUGGAGAUGCAAGGUGUUCGAGGCCCGAAACCUCGGUUCUUCACCGGCAACAUCUUGGACAUGGCUUCCCUUGUUUCUAAAUCAACCUCACAUGACAUGAAAACUAUAAGCCAUGACAUUGUCGGUCGUCUUCUUCCUCAUUUUCUUCUCUGGUCCUCCCAAUUUGGAAAAAGAUAUAUAUAUUGGAAUGGUCCAGAGCCAAGGUUGUGUUUGACAGAAACAGAAUUGAUCAAAGAGUUUCUUUCAAAAUACAGUACAGUAUCUGGUAAAUCAUGGCUCCAAAAACAGGGUUCAAAAAAUUUUAUUGGAGAAGGAGUUUUGAUGGCAAAUGGUGAAAAUUGGUAUCACCAACGUCACAUUGUUGCCCCUGCAUUCAUGGGCGACAGACUUAAGAGCUAUGCAGGACAUAUGGUGGAAUGCACUAAAGAGAUGCUGCACUCACUACAAAAAGGACUAGAGUGUGGACAAAGUGAGGUGGAGAUUGGUGAGUACAUGACUAAACUUACUGCAGAUAUUAUCUCAAGAACUGAGUUUGGUACAAGUUACCAAAAGGGAAAGAAAAUAUUCCAUCUACUUACUGCUCUUCAGAGCCGUUGUGCUCAAGCAAGUCGCCAUCUUUGCUUUCCUGGAAGCAGAUUUUUCCCAAGCAAGUACAACAGAGAGAUAAAGUCAUUGAAGAUGGAAGUGGAGAGACUAUUGAUGGAAAUAAUACAAAGUAGAAAAGAUUGUGUUGAGAUUGGGAGAAGCAAUUCUUAUGGGAAUGAUUUAUUGGGGAUACUAUUGAAUGAAAUGCAAAAAAAAGAAACUAGCUUAAAUUUGCAACUAGUAAUGGAUGAAUGCAAAACAUUUUUCUUUUCAGGACAUGAAACAACAGCACUUUUACUCACUUGGACAAUUAUGUUACUAGCAAUUAAUCCAUCUUGGCAAGAAAAGGUUAGAGCUGAGGUUAAAAGGGUUUGCAAUGGGGGAAUUCCCUCUUUGGAUCAACUUUCCAAGCUUACUAUGUUGCAUAUGGUAAUCAAUGAGUCGUUGAGGCUCUAUCCUCCAGCAUCCGUGCUCCCUAGAAUGGCCUUUGAAGACAUAAUAUUGGGUGACCUUUAUAUACCUAAAGGGUUAUCAAUUUGGAUUCCUGUUUUGGCUAUUCAUCAUAGUGAAAAAUUAUGGGGUAAAGAUGCAAAUGAAUUCAAUCCAGAGAGGUUUACUUCAAAAUCAUUCAUUCCUAGCCGUUUUUUACCAUUUGCUUUUGGCCCAAGAAAUUGUGUUGGACAAACAUUUGCCUUAAUGGAGGCUAAAAUUAUAUUAGCCAUGUUAAUCUCUCGAUUUAGCUUCACAAUUUCGGAUAAUUAUCGCCACGCACCCGUGGUUGUGUUGACAAUUAAGCCCAAAUAUGGCGUUCAAGUUUGUUUGAAGCCCUUGGAGCCAUGAAAUGGGACAUAGCCAUUCUUGCGAGGCAGGACUCGGAUGGAUGAACUCAAAUCAAUUAAUAAGUGGCGAUAUAUCACAUUCAGUCUAUCUAAGCCGUUAAAAGGUGACUAUAAGACUUACAUCGGGAUUUAGACAAAAUUGCGAACCCAGAAUCAACAAUCGACAUCAUUGACUAGAAUGUUUGUUUAGUUACUGCUUCAAAUUAAAAUCUAGAGAGUUGGGGUUUUGAGAGUUUUUUUUUCCUUUCGCUACCAGUUUAAUCUGGUUCGGGGGACAGUUCUGACAUCAAGUAGUUUCAGCCCCCUCCCGAUCGCAGUUGUGGGGGAUCGAAUCGUGAUGCUCCCUACCAAGUUCAGCGACAAUCACCAUUAAACCAACUAACGAUUUGGUUUUGAGAGUUUUAGAAUUGAGGGAGAAUGGUUUUUUGUUUUUUUAGUUUUUAUCAUUUUAUGAUGCGGAGAGUGGGUUGUAACAAUCUUGAUCAUGAUGAGCAUUUUUGUAAUUCUUUAUCUUAUUUUCAAUUAUUUUGCAAUGAAGAAAUAAAGAUGAA